AUGACCUUAGCACAUGAGGUUUCGGCCUCAGGAGGGUUGAGGGUUCAGUUGGAAUGGUCCAAAGGACAAGCUCAGAAGCAGCAAAAUCAUCUAGGACAAUCAAAAGGUCAGAAUGACCACAGGACAAUCAAUCAACAUUCAACUAGUAGUGCUAUCAGCACACAAAAUCAUCAAUCAAGUGACGUUAAAUCAACUCAACUCAGCAGACAAUCACCGACGAGAGCAAUCUGCUCAAGUCAAACAAUUCCAAGUCAUCUACAUGAUCAUUCAACGCUGUUAGCAACAGCAAAAGUCAGAGCCAAUUCACAUUCAGGGAGUUACAUUGCACGAGUGCUCAUAGAUCCUGGAUCAGAGCUAACACUAAUCACUUCUCAUCUAGCCAAUCUGCUGCAACUGAGAAAACACCAUCAGACAAUCAACAUAAGAGGAGUGGGCAGCUCUAAGCUCACUCAAACAAAAGGUGUAACAUUCUGCGAGCUACAAUCAUUAUCAUCCAAUCAUUCAGUACACAUUCGAGCUCACAUAAUGAAACAGUUGACAGCUUCAAUUCCAAAAGUGCCAUGUAAUUAUCCCAACAAUCACUGGCCUCAUCUCAAUGGAUUAACACUAGCUGAUCCAACAUUCAACACUCCACAAUCGAUAGACAUUCUACUUGGAGCUGACUUUUAUGGACAAAUCAUCAAACAAAAUAUCAUAUUUCAUUCUCCAACAGCUCCUAUAGCUCAACUUUCUAUCUUUGGUUGGCUAAUUCUUGGUCCAGUAGCACCAAAUUCAUCAGUCAAUCACUAUCACAUUCAUCAUGCUACUACAAUCACGAACCAUGAAGACAUUCAAGAGUUGCUAACAAAAUUCUGGGUCCAAGAAGAAGUUCCUAUGUCAAAUCAACAUCAAUUAUCAUCCUUGGACCAACAAUGUGAAGAUUUCUUUAAAUCAACUCACUCUAGACAUUCAUCAGGACGAUAUAUUGUUAGAAUCCCACUCAUUUCUUCACCCUCAGCUCUUGGGGACUCCUAUACAACUGCGUAUCGAUGUUUGAGGCGUCAGUUGAGGAGAUUAACCAACGAGACUGAAUACAGCAAUCUGUACAGACAAUUCAUGAAAGAAUACGAAGAACUCGGUCAUAUGAGACCUGCUCCAACAAUCAACCCAGAGUCUCAAGACAUUCAUCCAUAUUUUCUUCCUCAUCAUGGGGUAUUAAGGCCAAGUAGCACUACCACCAAGCUCAGAGUAGUCUUCAAUGGAUCCAGCCCGACGUCAACUGGAAUCUCAUUGAAUGACAUCACUCAUACUGGAGCAAAAAUUCAAUUGGACAUCUUCGACGUACUUCUUUGGGUUCGUCAACAUCAAUACGUAUUCGCAACCGACAUAACAAAAAUGUAUCGUCAAAUAAUGGUUCAUCAUGAAGAUUGGAAGCUUCAACAAAUUCUUUGGCUAGACAAUCACAACAGAAUCAUCCCAUAUCAACUCACAACAGUAACCUACGGCACUAGAUCAGCUCCUUAUCUAGCAGUUCGUGUGUUACUGCAAUUAGUAGAGGAUGAAGGCCAUAAAUAUCCAAAAGCAACUCAGACAAUCAUUAAAGGCAGAUAUGUCGACGACAUAUUUGGAGGAGCAGAUUCUCCAGAAGAACUAAUUCAAGUUGCUGAGGAAUUAAUCAACUUGUGCAAGGCGGGCGGCUUUCCCCUUGCAAAAUGGCAAUCAAACAGUCAAUCACUUCUUCAAAAAACGUCACAAUCAUCAGGCAAUCAACAAAAAAUCACCUUCGAAGACUGCACUACAAAAAUUCUUGGACUUCAAUGGAAUUCAAGCUCAGACACAUUCACAUUCACAUCAAAAUCAGUCACUCAUGAGUCAACAUAUUCAAAACGCCUCAUUCUUUCAGAAGUAGCUCAAAUUUAUGAUCCUUUGGGGUUUGUGUCACCAAUCACAAUCAGAGCUAAGAUGCUUCUUCAAGAACUCUGGUUACACAACCUCAGCUGGGACGAACCAGUCCCACAAUCAAUCAUCAAUCGCUGGCUGAUCAUCAGAGAAGAAUUCACUCAACUUCAUGAGAUUUCACUUCCCCGAUGGAUUCACACAACCAGACAUUCAACUGUCGAGAUUCAUGGAUUCUCUGAUGCUUCACAGCUUGCGAUGGCUGCAGCAAUCUACUUAAAAUUCAAUUCACCGUCCACAGGGCCCAAAAUCACACUCAUCUGUGCGAAAACUAAAGUAGCACCAAUCAAACAAAUCACGAUCCCCAGGCUAGAGUUAACUGCUGCGUUAAUUCUAGCGAAACUCACGAAGUAUGUUCGAGCUACACUCCACAGAGUGAACAUACAUUCAAUUCACUUAUGGACGGACUCUUCAAUCACACAUUCGUGGAUCAAUUCAAAUGCAGGACGCUGGAAGGACUUUGUAAGGAACAGAGUAGUGCAAAUUCAAGAACUAGUUGCGGACGCGCACUGGCACCACAUUUCUGGCAAGGAAAAUCCAGCGGACUGUGCUUCAAGAGGCAUCACAGCAAAUCAAUUAAAAGAUUACUCGCUAUGGUGGAGGGGACCCACCUGGUUAGCUGAAAAUCAAGAAAACUGGCCAGUAAAUUCACCACCAGCUGACGAGGCUUGCAACUUAGAAGCUCGUCCUGGAAUUUCACUCAUCGCAGCAAUUCAAGAUACAAUAAUUCAAUGGGACUUGGUCAACAGAUAUUCAACACUCAAUAAACUACUUAGAAUCACCGCCUUAAUCAUCAAAUUCACUUCAAGACUUCGACAUUCUUCAGUUACCAGUCCUUUAGCAUCAAUCACAACAGCUGACAUCGAAAAAGCGAGAAUCUUCUGGAUAAAGUCUACUCAAGCAGCACAUUUUCACCAAGAAAUCAGGACUUUAUCCAACAAUCAACAUCUUCCACCAAACCAUUCAUUUAACAGACUCACAGCAUACGUUGACUCAGAAGGAGUUCUACGAGUAGGAGGACGACUUCAGCAUGCUCAGUUGAGUCAUGAUUCAAAACAUCAAUCAAUUCUACCUCGACAUUCACCAUUCACUACUCUUAUUAUUCGACAUUAUCAUUUAAUCACGCUACAUGGUGGCACUCAACUUACACUCACAACAAUCAGACAACGUUACUGGAUCAUGGGUGGAAGAGCUCCAGUAAAAACAUUCAUUCUUCGGUGCAUCGAAUGUGCUCGACAAAGAGGCAUAAGAGCACAACAACUCAUGGGCCAAUUGCCACAAUCACGUAUCACUCCUUCACGGCCAUUCUCUCAUACUGGCAUAGACUAUGCUGGGCCAUUCACAAUCAAAACAUCAUCAGGCAGAGGAGCCAAGACUAGAAAAGCUUGGGUCUGCGUAUUUGUCUGCAUGUCAACUUCUGCAGUUCAUUUGGAAGCAGUUAGUGACUAUUCAACUGAAGCAUUCAUUGCUGCCUACAGGAGAUUCACCUCUAGACGAGGAUUAUGCCAGACAAUCUAUUCUGACUGUGGCAGAAAUUUCAUUGGAGCUGAUAUAGAACUCAAGAAAUUAUUCACACAAUUCACCAGAGAACAUGAGGUCAUCUCUAGAUUCAUCAUCACCAACGGCACUCAAUGGUCAUUCAACCCACCUGCAGCACCACACAUGGGUGGCAAGUGGGAGUCAGUAGUGAAAUCACUUAAAUUUCAUUUGACGAGAACAGUAAAAGAAUCACUCUUCACGUUUGAAGAGAUCACCACACUACUGACACAAAUAGAAGCCAUUCUCAACUCAAGACCUCUAGAGCCAAUCAGUGAUGACCCAGAAGACAUUCAAGCACUCACUCCUGGACACUUUCUUAUUGGGUCAGCACUCAACACUGUUCCUGAACCAUCAACCUCAGAACCUGCACAUUCAAUUCAAAAUCGAUGGCGGAUGAUUCAACGACAAUCACAGCAGUUCUGGUACAGGUGGUCACAAUCUUACUUACAAAAAUUACAAGCUAUUUCUAAGUGGUUUUUCAGGAACAGAACAAUUCAAGUUGGUGCAUUAGCCUUGCUAACUGAUGAAAGAUUUCCCCCCACGAAAUGGCCACUCGUGAGGAUAAUUCAACUACACCCAGGGCAAGAUGGGCUUCCACGAGUAGCAACGGUGAAGACACCAACAACGACGUUGGUCAGACCAAUCGUCAAGCUAGCCAUUCUACCAAUCAACCCAACUCCUGAAGCCCAGCAGCAGAAUCAACCAGAAGACAAUCAUCAACCAGUUGCUGAUGGCGGGCGGCAUGUUGAGAAUUAA